AUGGCUGGCGCAAAGAUCUUUUCUAUCGAGGGCAAGGGCCUCAAACUCACCACCGCCGAGGAUAUUGAGCCGCACAUCCAGGACCUCAUGAGCAACGACGAUGUAGAGGAGAUCAAGUUCUUGGGCAACACACUGGGUAUUGGAGCCAGCGAGGCGCUUGCUAAGGUCUUGGAGAGCAAGAAGAACCUCCAGGUCGCAAACCUCGCCGACAUCUUCACCUCGCGUCUCCUCUCUGAGAUCCCGCCCGCGCUAUCCCACCUCCUCACCUCCCUCCUCACGCUACCAAACCUCCACACUGUCGACCUCUCGGACAACGCGUUCGGCCUCAACACGGUUGCCCCGCUCGUAGACUUCCUGUCGCAACACACCCCACUCCGCUACCUAUACCUCAACAACAACGGCCUAGGACCCGCCGCUGGUGUCCUCGUCGCAGAUGCGCUCACCGCACUCGCCGCCAAGAAGGCCGCGGCGCGAAAAGACGGCAAAGAGGUACCCGAUCUCGAACUCGUAAUUUGCGGUCGCAACCGCCUGGAGAACGGCAGCAUGGGCGCAUGGGCAAAAGCCUACGCCGCCAACACGGGCGUCAAGACCAUCAAGAUGACGCAGAACGGUAUCCGCCAAGAAGGUAUCUCGCACCUCAUCACCAACGGCCUCGCCCACCUCUCCAAACUAGAUACCCUCGACCUCCAGGACAACACCUUCACAGCCAUGGGCGCAAAAGCCCUCAGCAGCGCCGUCGGCAACUGGACUGAGCUCCGCGAACUCGGCGUAGGCGACUGCCUGCUCAGCGGCCGGGGCGGCGUUGCUCUCGCUGCUGCACUGGAAAAGGGCAACAACAAGAAGGUUGAGGUCCUGCGCCUCCAGUUCAACGACAUCAACGCUAAGGGUCUCGCUGGCCUCGCCUCCGCUUCCCAUACCGCACUCCCUGCGCUGCGUCGCGUCGAGAUCAACGGCAACAAGUUCGACGAGGAGGACCCCAGCAUAGAGAAACUGCGCGAUGUCCUCGAUGCACGGAAAGAAGAGAGUGGUGAGAAUGCGGACGACGAAGAAUACUGGGGUCUAGAUGAACUGGACGAGUUGGACGACGACGACGAAGACGAGGAGGAGAGUGAUGCAGAGGAGAAGCACGGGGAUGCUGGUGAUGACGAGGAGGGUGUUGAGGUCGAGGAGAAGGCUGCGAGGCAGGUCGCGGCGGAUAACGAGGCUGAGGAGAGUAAUGUGGGCCAGGAGAAGGAUAAGAAGGUUGAUGAUUUGGCGGAUAUGAUGGCGAAGACGGAGAUUAAGUGA